AAUCACUCACAAUUUGAAACCAUAGCCGGAAUAGUGUAUUCCACGAAUACAUUUUUACUAGCUACAAGCACAUCGACGCCACAUUCGGCUUUUUUCUUCUUCGUAUGCGACUUGUGGGCCAUGGCACAAUUGUAUACUUCCACAUCCAUCCUUCGUAUGCGACUCCUGGGCCAUCGAACAAUCGUAUACUUCCACAUCCAUCCCAUCCUCAUUGUUCACAGGUAAUUUCUCGUGUGCCACAAUAUAUUGUCUACUGUUCCUUGGCUCAUACUCGAGCCAUUCCUCCAUUCUACAGUUCCAGACUUCGGUUUCUCAUAUAUAACCUGCAUGGGCUCCCUGAUACCGACAUCAAACCUUUCCCAUCUGCCCAAAUCAAACCUUCCUCAUCUACCUUAAUCAGAUAUGUCCUUUCGUCCUCACUACACACUUAGCUUUCCAAAGCUGCCUUUGGAAGAUAUCGAGGCUGUCUUCGCUAACUCCCUGUCCUGGAUUGCAGGAUAUGACAUCGAAAAACACGCAUGGGUUAAAUCCAAGGAUUACAACGAAUCUGCUUACGAUCAAGAUGCGUGGAGCAAGCUAGUCAAGGACCAACAGACUAAGGAUCUCAUCCAGUCUACAUUGGAUGCCAUUGAAUGUUCUCCUGGGAGUUCAAAAGUUCGGCAAGGCAUGAAUAUCCUGCUGAAAGGAGAACCAGGAACUGGCAAAAAGACGGUUGCUCAUGCGGUUUGCAACAGACUCAAGCGUCCAAUGCUCAUCAUUGGGGCCCAUGAUAUCCCACCCCUUGCUGAUGUGAAGCCUUGGGCCGCUAAACUAGCAUCGCUUGCGAUCAAGUGGAACUCGUUGUUGGUCGUAGAUCAUGAAUAUUAUUUCGGGGAUAUUCAAGAACACCUCAAAAUGAUGGUUCGCGAAUUUCAAUCGCACGAAUGUAUCUGUCUGUGGGCCUCCGUGAUGUCGCCCGCUAUACGUAGCCCGUUCGCAGCCACUAUUGAAUUCCCCGAUCUUGAUCAGCCAGCCCGUCGCCAACGUUGGCUACUAGUUUUUGGCCGAGGUGACCUGGCGGAAACUAUCUCUAGAGGCGAGCAUGCAUCGGCCCCUACCGUAAAGAGGGACCGGAAGGCGGAGGCCUUCCUUCGGGAUAUUGAGAAAAUCUCUUCUCGGUACGAACUCGAUGGAGUCCAGAUUGAAAAUUGCUUGGCUUCCGUACGAGCUAUAACUGGUGUUACACAGGAGGCAAAAUAUAACCCCUCGGGACAUGAAGAAGUAUCUCAAGGUGGCAGUUAUCAUCUUACCACAUGA